ACCAGAUAGGUAUCUAACCACACCACUUCUACAGCUUUAAGAGCAGGAAAAAGCGACAUUAACCCCACCGCCUCCAAAACACCAGCAGUGGGCGCUUCGGGUGUAAGCAAUGGCUGGGGACUCGGAGCCUUCACGGCCAAGACAAAGUAGUGCCGCAUCAGGCACACGGAGCAUUGCCAUCCACGCAAGGCAGCAGUCCAAACGACCUGUCCAGGCCCAGUCCCAACAUGUCGCCGAUCCCGUUCUGCACGACUUCUUGAGCCCUUCAUAUGAUGCCGCCUCUUACCUCAACAUUACUCUACCACCUUUGCAGACCUCGUCCCGAGUAUUCGGAAGUCAGGGCUCCAACCAGGGCGCCGUGCCUCUUGCGGAGCUCUCCAUCCAAACUCAGGCACUGCUGUCGCAGCUCAACGCCCACACCACUAGACUCACAGACACGCUGACUGAGCUUACAAACGACAUUCUCAGGAGUGGCGGCCGGCUGGCCUACGAGGUAGAGCUAUUGCGGGGCGAAACGCUCGGCUUGGCAGAGACUCUGACCGAGGGACUCGAGGACGACAUUGCCAAGUUUGUGCCGGGCGGCAUUCGGGACAGCAUCACGGAGCCGAGGGGAGCGGCAGCCGACAGCCACGCGCCAUCCUUUCAUCAGCGGCGCAUGUCACUACUUGCGCCGCCAGCAACCACUGCCACAACCGAGAAGAACAACACUCCAUCAGGCGCAGCCCAAACUACCGGCCCACCCGACGAACCGCCCUACAUCGCGCAGCUGCGCACUCUGACUCUCGUGCGGUCCCGCCUCGAGUCUGUCAUCAAGAUCUUUGGCGACGCCAUGGAGUUUGUCUUCCCGCCCUCCGAACUGUCCGUGAGCUCGUCGUUCCUCUCCGUCUCGGCGCCCGACGCCGGCGGCGAGAGCCAUAGCACCGAGGAGAAAGGGCGGCAGGUGCUGCAGUCGCUCCGGGACGAGAUUGCCCGUCUCCUCGGCAACGCCGAGGACCCGAUCAAGGGCAUCGAGGAUGCCGCGCGCCGCAUCGAGGAGCUCAAGGAGCUGGCCACCGUUUGGAAGGGCACGGCCGAGGAGAAGGGGCGUUCCCGGUUCAUUGAGAGCCUGGCCAAGAUGGUGGAGGACAGGCAUCGGGAGCUGCUGCGGGAUGCGGACCAGUCGAGCCGGCGGGACAAUGCCAGGCCUCAGAUGGCGACGAGCAGCACAGGGGCGGCCGGUGCUGAGGUCGAGACCGGGCAGGCCGAGACCAAGGGGUAUGGUGCUUACGGUCUCAUCAGCCAGCUGCAAAAGCUGCGGAGUGGAUUGUAGGGCGGCCGAGUGUGCUGGGGUGACAUACUCGGCGAAUUGGAAUCGCUCGCAUGUGCAAACACGAAUAUUCACCUGAGUUGGGAACUGUGCUUCUCAAAUCGCACAGAUCCAUCAAGAAGUGCUCGUAUUGCCGCCGCCAUGGUUGGUGCCACGACUCAGAAGUAGUCGGCUGUUUCUCCCUAUCACCCUCCGUUAUUUGACCGCCAUCUUGUUUCUCAGGCUUCAUGUUGUCAUGAGGGAUAUUGAGUGGAUGAUCCUGCGGGGUUCGCCAUCUUCCUGCUAACAUACCGUAAAAUAACGUUGACUGGGCCAUUCGAUGCUCGGAGGC